CUUUGACCCCAAUGACACUUGCUAUCAACUUUCUCAUGUUCUCCUGUCUUUCAAGCAGGAUUUCUGGACAUUUGAAUCAUACCUAAACGCAAUUAUGUUAUCAAGAGGUCUCUUUAGAGUCCCUGUGUCACUUGGAGUUCUCCAAGGCUCCGCUAGGUCCCUUGGAACUCAUGCAAGACCCUUCAAGACACUGGACGGUGCAGUGGACACCUCGAGCAAAACCUUCCAAGAAAACCUGAAGACGAGUGAGAAGUUGGAAGAGAAGUACACCGCUCUUUAUAAACAGGUCUUGGCUGGAGGUGGUCAGAAGGCGAUCGAAAGGCACGUGAAGAAGAACAAGAAAUUGCUAGUUCGUGACAGACUACGACUGUUGCUGGAUGAAGGCUGUGAGUUUUUAGAGCUGUCUCCUCUGGCUGGGAUGGGCAUGGAGUAUGGGGACAUCCCUGCAGCUGGCACGGUGACUGGAAUCGGUGUGGUGAGUGGAGUACGUUGUUUGGUGACGGGACAUGACGCCACGGUGAAGGGUGGGACGUCCUACCCCAUCUCUGUGAAGAAAGGGCUCCGAGCACAGGAGAUCGCUCAGGAGAACCACCUGCCCUGUAUUUACCUGGUGGACAGUGGAGGAGCUUUUUUGCCAUUGCAGUCUGACAUAUUCCCUGACAAGAACCAUGGUGGAAGGAUGUUCUACAAUGAGGCCAUCAUGUCGUCUCUUGGGAUCCCCCAGGUGUCCGUCGUGGUGGGUUCCUGUACAGCGGGGGGCGCGUACGUCCCUACCAUGACAGAGGAGGCUGUCAUCGUCCACGGAAUGGGCACCAUUUUCCUGGGAGGGCCCCCGCUGGUCCAGGCUGCCCUGGGGGAAGUAGUCAGUGCAGAGGAGUUGGGUGGGGCCAUGAUGCAUUCCAGUGUAAGUGGCUGCACAGAUCACUAUGCAGAAACAGAGCUUGAAGCCUUUGAGAUGGCGCGGGAUAUCAUGGCAGGCUUGAACCGACCAAUGGCUGAGUACCUGCACAGCCACGACGGGGUUCCCUUGGAGGACUCACUGCGCCCACUCUCUGAGCAGCACCACAACUAUGAGGACCCCUUGUACCCAAUAGAGGAACUGCAGGGACUGUUACCAGGAACAGAAGACUUUGAUGUUUACAAGGUUAUAGCCAGACUAACAGAUGGAAGUAGAUUCCAUGAAUUCAAGCACAAAUAUGGAACUUCGCUUGUGACAGGAUUUGCCUUUAUUCAGGGGCAUUUGGCAGGGAUUGUGGCCAAUAAUGGGCCACUCUGCGAGCGAGGGGCAUUGAAGGGAGCUCACUUUGCCCAGCUAUGUGCUCAAAGAGCUGUACCAAUGAUCUUCCUGCAAAAUGCAUCAUGUGACCAGCCAACAGCCAAUGAUGUUACAGAAGCUGCCUCUCUUAGUAACAGACUUAAGGCUCAUGGGAAGAUGGCAUCAGCCGUAGCUAGUUCUUUGGUGCCCAAAAUCACUCUGAUCCUUGGAAAUGGUGUUGGACCAGAAACGAUACCAAUGUGUGGACGGUCAUUUUCUCCAAGAUUCCUGUUUGUGUGGCCCAAUGCAAAGGUGGGAGUGGCAGAUGUACAGGGGGCAGUAGAUGCAGCUGUACAGGCAAAGUUUGGUGAUAUGAAAAGUGAGGAGACAGAAAAAUUCCAAUCAAAGAUAGCAGGAAGGUUAUCCCAGCAGACCAGUGCCUUCUACUCCAGUAGCAGAAUGUGGGAUGAUGGGAUAGUUCUCCCACAGGACUCUAGGAGGAUACUGGGACAGUGCCUGAGAAUAGUCCACAGCACACUGGAUACAACAGAUGCAACAGAAAGGCGCAAGUUCGGGGUCUUCAGGAUGUAAAUAGAAAGUCUGUGCCCUUAACAAUGCUGUACAAUACCACGGGUACAGCUUAGAAGUGACUAUUUGCUUGCCUGUGAGUUUUGCUGGUUGAGAUUGUAGAGAUUGAUUUGAUGUUUAUUUUGAGGCCUCAAUUGAGUGG